GAGCGACUGAUAACACAAACACACACGUCUCAUUAUAUCAUCGUCUUAAAAUUGAUCAAUCCCAAAGCAAAGUAUAAGCAUGUCAGACCUAGCAUGGGAUAUUCAGACAGUCAGUGAAGAAUGGCUAGUUGGAUUCUGUGGCAGGCUCGUGAAAGAGGGUAAAACAAUCCGAGGCUGCUUUGGAGGAGAUAGAGUAAUCAAGCUGUCGGAGACUAUAGUAGCCAAAUUUGGAAUCGGUGUCAUGGCUUCUGAAGCAGAAACUCAAAGAUUUGCAUGUCAAAAAGUCGAUUCGAAAAUUGUUUAUGUUCCCCAAGUCUACCGCUACUUCCACUGGAAUGAUUUUGGCUACUUAUUCAUGGAGUAUGUGCCUGGUCGGCAGCUAGAUGAGCUCGACCUUGAUGAGCACACGGAUGUUAUUACCCGGGUUGCUCAAAUUAUCAAGCAUCUUGGGACAAUUGAGAGCGGGCAAAUUCCAGGUCCUAUAGGCGGGGGCCAGCCACAGGGUUAUCUUUGGGGUGAUAAUGGUGCGGGGACAACCUUUACCUCUACAUCAGACCUGGAAGAUUGGCUUAACAAACGUUUGUCAAUACGUGACAAAUCUAUUGAUCUGACUUCUCACCCACUUGUUCUGUGUCAUAUGGAUUUAUGUCGACGCAACAUGAUCUUGAGAGACGACAACACGAUUAGUCUCGUUGAUUGGGGUUGCUCCGGGUUGUACCCUCGAUAUUUCGAAUUCGCUAGUCUGUCCUUUAUGAUGCCGUAUGAUGGAAGUUCCGAAAAGCCAUUAAUACAAGCUACAGCCACUUUGAUGAGUUGGACAAACGACGAUAAAGAAUUGAUUGGUCUCCUAAAGCUUGCUCGUGCUGUUGCCUUGCGAUACUCGCUGGACAAUGAAAACAAAUAUGGCAUACCAGAGAGUUUGCAUUCUUGGUGUCCACCGCCGAUGCUAAGCCGAUCGUCUAGCCCGUCAUGAUCAGGCUUAAACGAAUUCGGAAGACUUUGUAACCUACCUGUCUUAUCGUUUGAACAAUUUGCUCGGCGCUGGCA